UAUCUCCUUUCUCUCUCCACUGUCCUAUAUAAUGUAGCUCACCGACUCUCACAUAGCAUCUCUGCUGCUCCAUUCAUCAGACAGGAAGAAGGAAAAAAAUGGAGAUGGAAGUGAUGAUACCUGUGGCCUCCAUGGAUUUUGAUUUCACCCAUGUUGAUUCUUCCGGCUAUUUGAGUUGUCCUUCCACGCCCAAGCGUCUUGGGAGCUACUACUUCAGUGCUCCCACGAGUCCCUCCCGCCUCUCUGAGAUUUAUCGCGACUUUGAUCAUUUCUCCAGUACCAAAUCCAAUGGCUCUCCUCCCAGGGUUCCAUUUGAUUGGGAAGAGAAGCCGGGCACGCCCAAAUCAUCCUCCAAGGUGGUGACUGCCAACAAGGACGAUGAUUUCGCGUUUGAUUUCAGUGAGGAGCUGGAGAAAGCUUCUCUCUCAGCUGAAGAACUGUUUGAUGGCGGCAAGAUCCGACCUCUGAAACCUCCACCUGGGUUACAGCUUGGCGCCGGAGCUGAGGUGCUUUCGACUCGUAAGCCGCCUCUUUCAUCAUCGAGAUCACCCGUACUACGUGGUAAAAGCAUUGUACGAGAGGCUUUUUCUCCCAGAAAGAAUAAAAACGUGGAUGCAGCUGCAGACUUCCCUAGAAGAACGGAGCAGGAGAGAGGGAGAGAAAGAGGGUUGGGUUUACCGACGUCGAGGUCAGGCCGGAGAACAAGGUCACUCUCUCCGUUUAGGGUUUCUGAGUUGGUAUGGGAAGAAGAAGAGCAGCAGAUGAACAAACAAUCUUCAUUGAUUUCAAAGCCUACAACAGCUUCUGCAAUAACACCAUCGUCGUCAUCUAAAGGUUCCAAAAAAUGGAGAUUGAAGGAUUUUCUACUGUUCCGAAGCGCAUCGGAAGGACGAGCAACGGAUAGAGAUCCAUUCAGAAAGUACGCGGGGCUGUUCAGGAAACAAGAUAUCAAGAACGACAGUUUCCGGUCUAUAGACAGCUCCGGUUCAAUGUCCAAGAGACGUGGACCAGUGUCGGCUCACGAGUUGCAUUACACGGUGAACCGGGCUGCUUCAGAGGAUCUCAAGAAGAAAACCUUCUUGCCAUACAAGCAGGGCAUUUUAGGGAGGCUGGCAUUCAAUCCUGCCCUCCACGCACUCACCAACGGCUUCGGCACCCUUGGGCGUGGUUGAAUGACAUCAAUCUUUUCACUCUUUUUUUUUAUUUCAACUCCGAAACUACCUUCUUUUUUUAUUUAUUUAAUUUAAUUAUACAGCAACUGUAAGAACAUAUAUGUAUAUGUAUGUAAACAAUUGCAUACGAAUAUCAAAUCCUGCGUCUCCUGCUUCUUUGUGACUUCAUUCUAA